AUGAACGCCGAGACGUGCGUCUCAUACUGCGAUAUGACAUCCAUGGAUUCAUAUUAUAGCCCCUCUGCACCGCAAGGUAGGGAUCAUCCGACGAACCCGUUUAGGACAUUCCAAGUAAGUGACACCAAAUACAGCCCCACUUUCCUGCCAAACAAAGGUCAGGCUUACGGAGAAAAGUCUCGGAGCCCAUUCCAACAGGAGUGUCAGUCAUUGGAUGCCACCGCUGGGGAAGGCACCUUUAACAAAUACCACCUCUUCAUGCAGAGGUCUUCUUGCAAAACCCCCCCGGAAGGAGGCAAACUGCACCAAGAAAGCGAACACAACGGAGCGCUCAUUCCCUGCUAUGGUAAAGACAGCUCAGGACUGACAGACUCUGACCUGACCCCGAACUCUGACCCCUCUGGGAUGGACGGCAGCUACCUGAGUGUGAAGGAUCAAGGCGUGAAGGGCCACUCGGACCGACCAGGCUCGGACAUGGCCAGCCCCAUGGACAAGGGCGAGGGUGAGAGCAACAAGGGCAAGAAGAGGCGUAACCGCACCACCUUCACCAGCUACCAACUGGAGGAGCUGGAGAAGGUCUUCCAGAAGACCCACUACCCAGAUGUGUACGCCCGCGAGCAGCUGGCCCUCCGGACUGACCUGACUGAGGCCCGGGUACAGGUGUGGUUCCAGAAUCGCCGAGCCAAAUGGAGGAAGAGGGAGCGCUUUGGUCAGAUGCAGCAGGUUAGGACACACUUCUCCACGGCGUACGAGCUGCCUCUUCUAGCCAGACCUGAGAACUAUGCACAGAUACAGAACCCAUCAUGGAUUGGUGGCGGCAGCGGAGCGUCUCCUGUACCAGGCUGUGUAGUGCCCUGUGACUCAGUCACAUCCUGUAUGACCCCUCACCCUCACUCCGGCAGCGGUUUAUCUGACUUCCUGGGCGUCCCGAACCCUGGGGGUCACAUGGGACAGACACACAUGGGCAGCCUGUUUGGGGGUCCUGGCAUGGGGUCAGGAAUCAACGGGUACGAUCUGAACAGCAUGGACCCGGACCGCAAGUCCUCCAGCAUCGCCGCCUUGCGUAUGAAGGCCAAGGAGCACAGUGCAGCCAUCUCCUGGGCAACAUGA